AUGACGGGGAUCGACCUCAACACGGUCGAGGAGGACGACGGCGUGGCGCAGGACCAAGCUGUGCGGCGGCGGGCGCCCCACUCCCCAUCUUCGCUCUCCCCUUCCGUCUGCCUGGAGCUGUGGCACGCAUGCGCGGGGCCGCUGAUAUCUCUUCCCCGCAAGGGCAGCGUGGUGGUCUACUUGCCGCAGGGACAUUUGGAGCAGCUGACAGGUGACUGCGCCGGCGGCGAAGACCCCGCGAAUGGGGGUCCCUGCGGCGAGCCGCUCCGAUGUGAUGUGCCCCCGCACGUCUUCUGCCGGGUCGUAGACAUCAAUCUCCAUGUCCGCCCCCUCCCUCUCCCACCCAUUUCGUUUCUAGUUUGCCGCGAUGGAGCCCUUUUUCUAACGAGGGUUCUGGAGGAGGGAUGACCCUUCUGCUGAAUGUCCCUUGUUCCUUGUUAUGAUAUUCGACUGUUUCCUUAAAAUUGGUGUUCCAUUUCAGGCGGAAACGGCGACGGACGAGGUUUACGCACAGCUUUCUCUCGUACCUGACAGUGAGGUUAGAAGCCACUCGCUCUUCCUGCUUCCUCCGCAGCUUAGCAUGUUCUCUAUUCUUUAUCUAUCGAAAUCCGCUUUCCUUCACCACCCAAUUUUCUUAAUUCUAUCUGGCAAUCCCAUCUCUGUAGCACAUUUUCUUCUAAUACCUACGGAAAUUUUGAUUCCUCCGAGCAGCUGAUGAAUAAUGUUUCUUGUUUGAGUCAUGGGUUUCCUGAUAUGAGCUGGUCCCAUUUUACUUACUAGGAUGAAUUCCCCCCAGAAAAGAGAAACGAAAUUACCUUCCUGUGAUCACACCAGAAUAGAUAGAACUGGGGGUGCUGAGCUGCUUCGUUUCUGCACGAAUUCUAGAUCAUUUAUUGGGAGAUCAAAAUAGAAGCUGAAAUGCCGCGAUUUCCGAGGAUAACCGUGAUUGAUUCGGCCUGCCGACGCCGGCUAAGCUGGCUAUGUUCGCUUUUUUGCAUGCCCCUCCUUCAAUUUGCCACAUCCUUACCGAGUUUUUUUGGUGGUCUGUUAAUUCAGGAGCUCGAGAAGCAACUGCCGGAGGCCGAGCUUGAGGAUGAACUGGACCCAGAUGAGCUGGUCGGAGUGUCCAAGACAUCGGUGACUCGUCAUAUGUUCUGCAAGACGCUCACCGCCUCUGACACUAGCACUCAUGGAGGCUUCUCCGUUCCGCGAAGAGCUGCUGAAGACUGUUUCCCACCGCUGGUACCCUUAAAAAAACAAGAACUUUGCCGUUUUCUUGCUUUGAAAUUUGCACGGAUCUAGUUUCCGGCCGUACGGUAGAUCAUCUGUUAUUACAGUUCUUCGUCGCAAGAGUUUGACAUUUUCCCUCUUCCAUCGCUGUAGGAUUAUAAGCAGCAGAGGCCUUCUCAAGAGCUCAUAGCCAAAGAUUUGCAUGGUACAGAGUGGAGGUUCCGACAUAUCUACAGGGGUAUGAAUGCUUUCUUAUUAUAAAAAUUAUGCAUCUUGUGCAUCCUUAGAGCGAGGAUUUCCAUGAGCUUCAUUUUUUUCACUCAUUCACGAGGAUUAUUAAUGGGGACCCCGCGCUCAGUCUUCAUUAUCAGGAAUUCAUAUUGCUUCGUUUACUUCAUUCGUCCCUGGCCUUGUUUAUAGCUGCCAAGUGCAGAGCUCCCUAGACAGAAAAUGUCGCGUCAGAGAAAAUGUGGGUCAGCCGUGUACUUCUCUGGCUCGUAUACUGAUUCAUGGUGGCGCCCUUUUUCAGGUCAGCCACGCAGGCACUUGCUCACUACAGGUUGGAGCGCGUUCGUCAACAAGAAGAAGCUUGUCUCAGGGGAUGCCGUACUCUUCUUAAGGUGGAUCUCCUAGCAGCCAUUACAAGGAAAAUUAUAUUUCUAUGCGUAUCCAAAAGAUUGAAUGCUUUGAAAGCUCUUUGCUGAUUUCCUCUUCUGUCUUGAUAGAGGUGACGACGGAGAACUCAGACUGGGAAUCCGGAGGGCAGCUCCUCUGAAGGGUGGCGUCCCAUGCUCUGUUGCUCGCGGCCAAAGCCCAAACCCUGGAGCUUUUUCUUCCGCUGUCAAUGCAAUCGCAUCGAAGAGUGUAUUCCAUGUGUACUAUAACCCGAGGUAUCCAAGCUCUAGCAAACUAUCUUCCAGGCAUUUGUGAAGUUUAGAUCUUUUUUUUUUAAAGCUACGUUUCACGGUGCCCUCAUAUGUUUCUGAUCAUGGCUUCAUCUGAUAUCUCUCUACCUUCGUUUAAAUGGAAUCAAGGCUCAUCCUCUCUGUUGAUUUUUGUUUAUGUUAUUUUUAUUUCCACCCUAGAUUAUUACUAAAACUCCCAUGCACACCUGUUAUUUGUUUAUUGUUUCCUCCUUGUCCACAGAAAGUCGUACACUCGUCAAGGUUCAGUUCCAUGGAACAAAUAAUUUAGGAUCGAUAAGAUAGCCAUACUGUCUCACUCUCUCCUGCUCUUUCUGUCUCCUUAUCUCCUCCGGUUGGUGUGCUAGGCCUAGCAAAUCUGCCCUGAGAGUAUGCUGUGAGGUGAAGUAAAAUGUCUAUUUUUCCUCCUUGGACAUGCAUUUUUCAGCGUAUAGUUUAAGAAAUAAAUAUCUAUGUUUAGUAGACGAUUGGAAUGAUCUCGUCGUUCUUGUCAAUUAUCUGCGUGAUGUAUGAGUAUGCUGAUGAAUAAACUCCGAGCGCGCACCUUAAAAUAUAACAGUAAUAGAUUACAAAUCCAGUUUCUUGUCUUCAUUAUGUAUGUGUUUGCUCCCAUUUUUUUUGGGUGUCAUGUAUAUGCCACAUAUUAUCAACAAAAGAUGUAUUAGCUUUGAUUUUUUUUCUCCAAGCUUAUUAUGUUUCAGUCUCCAAUCGUCCCUAAAAUCCUGCAGGACCAGACCCUCGGAUUUCAUAGUUCCCUACGGGCUGUUCUUGAAGAGCCUCAAGAGCUCAUUUUCGAUUGGAAUGAGGUUCAAGACGCACGUUGAAGGGGAAGAUGCUGCAGACAGGAGGUUGAGCGCAUUGAUCACUGAUUGAUGAAACUCCAUUCUUCUGCUUCUCGGAGAACUUGGUUUUGCCGCAUUUUUUGUAUAUUGGGUUUUUUUUCUCUCGUUAUUCGUCUUCUAAAUCUAACAUCAAUGGAUCCCAUUUUUCCUUCUCGAUCAGGCACACUGGAUUGAUUACUGGCGUGGGUGACAGGGACCCUUCCAGAUGGCCUGGUUCGAAGUGGAAAUGCCUUCUGGUAUGCUUGCUGUUUCAUGUAUUAUUUAUUAGUAGUAUCAUCGUCGUCAUUAUUAUUAUUGUUCCCCUUUGAAAGCUUCGUGUUUUUUUUUUUCCUUAUUGACAUUGGGAGGAAGAGAGGCAUGGAUUGCAUGAAAGAUCUUUCCUUGAUAAUGCUUUCUGUGAUGGAAUUGGGUUUGUAGAUGAUGAUGAUGAUGAUGAACUUUGAACGAGCUUAUGAGUCCCUUUCUGAAUCUUCCAGGUGAGGUGGGAUGACGACGUUGAGACUGGUCGGCAGAAUCGGGUGUCUCCGUGGGAAAUAGAGCCAGCUGGGUCAGUCCAGGGCUCAAACUGUCUGUCUACACCCACGUCAAAGAGAGCCAAGAUCGCCCUGAGCUCUGCCAACCCUAAUUUCCCAGUUCCUGGUAGGUCUUACAGUUUUCUCCCUUUUUUUUGUUCCCUUUUUUCUGAUUCUAUUGGCAAGCUUUGCUCGCUCGCUCAUUCUUAUGUGUUUAUUAUUUGAUUGUGCAGGCGGAAAUGGGUGCCCGGACUUUGGGGAAUCCGCGCGAUUCCAGAAGGUCUUGCAAGGUCAAGAAGUGUUGGGUUUUCUCUCUCCUUUUGAUGGCUCCGGCGCCGCAAACCCCCAGUUCUCGGAGAUGAGGAGGUGCAUCCCCGACGGCGGCCGCCACAUGAUGGCGGCGGCGGCGGCGGCGAGGAGCAGCGUCAGAGCUCCCCUGGAGAAACCCGACGCCCCCUGCCAUGGCAUAGGCUUUGGAGAACCUUCGAGGUUCCAUAAGGUCUUGCAAGGUCAAGAAAUAUUCCCCUCGAAACAGCCGUUCCCCGGAGCCCUGGGGGAUCGCCAGGCGGAGAACAAUGGCGGCGCUGGCACCGGCGGCUUCACCAGCAGUUCCUUCAGGAGGGUGGUGUUCGCCCCAGACGAUGGCAGGACCAGCGGCAGAUGGCCGCCCCAGCUGCGGGGAUACAAUCCGCUGGUGCAGCAACAGUCUCCUUCUCCGGCGCAGGUCUCCUCACCGUCUUCUGUGCUGAUGUUUCAGCAGGCUGCUACGACGCCUCAGCUUCCCGGAGGCGGCGACUCCCGUUACCCUCCUCGCCGUGCCGGUAAUCUCCUAGGGGCUGCCUCGUUCUCCGAUUUUCUCGGGAUGCACGUCGAGCUGGGGGCUUUCCAUGGGCGGCGAGCUCCAACUCCGGCGUCUGAUUCGGACCCGAGAGAGGAUCAGGAGUCCCCCUCCAGUGGCGGAAGCAGUAGCUGCAGGCUCUUCGGGUUCUCGUUGACCGAGACUUGCCAAGGGAGGAGCAUGGUGGUCGACGGCGGCCCGCCGUCGCCCCCUCAGUCGUCUAAUGAGGUCACCGCCGAGUCUUCUUCACCCGCGGUGCCCCAGGUGGCGGCGAAGUCAAUGGCGCGCAGCUGCACCAAGGUCAGCGCCCUCUACGACCUUUGCGCCACUCCGUUCUGCAGGUCCCCUUGCUUCUUCACCCUUCUGUGA